GGGAAAGUAAGCCGAUCUACAAGUCAGCAGGGAUAUACCAGUAAUUAGUGUCAUUUCUUUAAUGUCAUAAUUGAUGUGAGAUUGUGAGAAGACAUGAAUGGAAUGGAUUAUAUUUGGCUCUUGACUGGCACUUUCUUCAUGAUGACAACUGGAACAUUACCAGGCAUUUCCUUCAUGAAUGCAUCGGGACUACCAGCAGGGCAUCUUCUUCCUAACCUGGCACUGAAGAAGACAGCUGUGCAGUCUUCAAACGGAGACAACAUCGGUUUGGCUUUCAAGGCCGUCGAUGGCAACAGAGACGAGAACUAUCAAGGAGGGUCCUGCACACUUACUCUAUCACAGUCUGAUCCGUGGUGGAGGGUAGACCUGGCAAGAGUGUAUACAAUUGGUGCUGUUGUGAUAACCAAUAGUGCAGGAUUUGAAAACAGGUUGGAUGGUGCAGAAAUCUGGAUUGGAAAGUCAACAAACUUCAGUGACCCUGAGAGUGAGAGGUGUGCCGUCAUCUCUCACAUCCCCAGUGGACAGACGUUCUACUUUCCAUGUAGCUCUAUUGAGGGACGCUAUGUCACUGUGUUUCUCCCAGGAAGUGAGAAGGUCCUAAAUCUCUGCGAGGUUGAAGUGUACUAUGGAUACCCAUUACCCAAUGUGGCACUGAAAGGAGAAGCUACCCAGUCAUCUACACUCUCUGUUGCCACUGCGUCCAAAGCCAUCGAUGGCAGACGGAUCUCGUUCUACAGCGAUGGGUUCUGUAGUCACACGGCUGAAGACGAGACCGACCCCUGGUGGAGGGUGGACCUGCAGCGAAACUUUACAGUCACUGCUGUAAAAGUCACCAACAGAGGAGACUGCUGUGCUGAAAGACUGGAUGGAGCUGAGAUCAGAAUAGGAAACUCACUGGAGAACAAUGGAAACAAUAAUCCCAGGUGUGCUUCCAUCUCACAUAUCAAAGCAGGUAAAACCUACACAUACCGGUGUGACGGAGGCAGCAUGGAGGGUCGCUUUGUGAACGUGUUUCUUCCUGGACAGAAGAAGACUCUCACCCUGUGUGAAGUGGAGGUGUAUGCUGCCCCAGCAGUGGAGCCACUUCAAAAUGUGGCCUUAAAAAAGCCAACAGUACAGUCAUCGACUUCGUCACCACCUUUUCUGUCAUCAAAAGCUGUUGAUGGGUACAAAAAUGGAAACAUACGUGGUGCAGGCUUUUCCCACACUAAGGAAGAAACAAAUCCCUGGUGGAGAGUAGACUUGUUAGCUGUCUAUAAAGUCAAUGCUGUCACCAUCAUCAACAGACAAGACUGUUGCUCUGAAAGGAUUCUUGGGGUAGAGAUUCGGAUCGGGGACUCACUGGAUCAAAGUGGAAAUCAAAACCCGAGGUGUGGCAUUAUUGAAUCAUUGGAUGGUACACCAACAUACACAUUCCAUUGUAAUGAAAUGGAAGGUCGCUACAUCAAUGUGUUCAUGCCAGCACCUCUGAGAGUUCUGACGCUGUGUGAAGUGGAGGUGUUUGCUUCUCUGCCUGCACCAGAAGCUGUUACUCCUUCACCGACUCCUCCUCCAACACCUCCUCCCACACCUCCCACUGUGAGUGUGCAGCUUGGUGGCAGGAACGUGACGGUGGUGGGAGAGAGGCUCUGCUGGUCUGAUGCUCUGAUGUACUGUAGACGUUAUUACUGGGACCUGCUCAGCCUUCACAGCCAACAGGAGCAAAGCGAGUUGGAGCAGCUGCUGGGCCUCAUUCCUUUCUCCCUCACAGACCACGUCUGGUUGGGACUGCGCAGAUCCUUGAGUGGAGACGACUGGUUCUGGAUGUCCGGACACUCCAUGAAUUUCUUCAACUGGCCACAAGAUUUUGUCCCUUACUAUUACUCCAGCAUGUGUGGAGCUAUGAGCAAUGGAGAGCACUUCCUGUGGCAGGACCUGCACUGUGGGGAACACCUCAACUUCAUCUGCCAAUCAGGUGCUGGGGACAAUGUGCAAAGAGUGGACUUCUACAGCACCAAGAAUGUCACAACUGUAAAGUAAAGGUCAAC